AUGAGGGCUGGUGUUGAUGUCUUUGCUCUUGACUAUGAUGCUAUUAUUGCUGCCAUGUAUGCAUUGACUGUUAGUGCCGAGGGAGACUGUUACUUGUGUGUGCCGCCUGACCCAGGUAUAGAGCCCGCUGCCCUGGGUACUAGUGAGUCCGCUCUCUCUGGUAUGGUCCCCCCUGUACUUGCCCCCCCCAGUGCUGUCCCGGCUGGUUUCGAGUCUGCUCUCUCAGGUACAGCACCCACAGAGACACCUCUCUCAGGUACCGCACCGGCUGAGGCCUGUCACACCUUCACCCUUGACUCAGGUGCUUCCCGUUGCUUCUUCCGUGACAGUACUGAGCUCACACCGCUUCCUGCACCGGUCCCAGUCUCCUUGGCUGACCCCUCUGGGGGCCCAGUCCUUGCCCAGUCCACCACUGUCCUCCCUUGUCCGGCGGUUCCGUCUGGCUCGUUGUCGGGUUUCCACCUCCCCUCGUUCUCGACGAACCUGGUGAGCAACGCUGUCCUCCAGGAUCAGUGGGUUGACACCUUUACCCCUGGCGGACAGCGUGUGGCGAUCUGCACGUGCUCCAGGACCGGCCGUCACCUGGCUACGUUCACCCGUCGGCCGGGGUCGAGUCUCUACACACUGACCACUGCGUCUCCCCAGGUAGCUGCUGUCGGUCAGGUGUCUGCGUCAGGUCUGGUGGCCCACGCCUGUGAGUGUCGUUCCCUGUCGCACCAGACUCUUCUCUGGCACCACCGCCUGGGUCACCCCUCCCUGCCACGCCUUCGUGGCAUGCACCGUCGCCUCCUUGUGUCCGGUCUUCCCAGGUCCCUCCCUCCCCUCCCUGCCUCGCCUGCGCCGCCUUGCCUUCCUUGCGUCGAGGGGCGGCAGCGCGCCGCCCCUCACUCCUCCUCGUUCCCCCCGACAGAGGCUCCUCUGGAGACCCUCCACCUGGACGUGUGGGGCCCAGCCCGCGUUCGUGGUCAGGGCGGUGAGCGGUACUUUUUGCUGGUUGUCGACGACUACUCGCGUUACACCACGGUCUUCCCCUUGCGCACCAAGGGUGAGGUCCCUGCUGUUCUGAUCCCUUGGAUCCGCACGGUUCGUCUCCAGCUCCGCCGCCGUUUCCGGACGGAUCUUCCUGUCCUGCGUCUGCACUCUGACAGAGGUGGUGAGUUCUCCUCCGACCUCUUGAGGACCUUCUGUCAGGCGGAGGGCAUCGAGCAGACCUUCACGCUUCCGGACUCCCCACAGCAGAAUGGGGUUGCUGAGCGCCGCAUUGGCCUGGUCAUGGAGGUCGCUCGUACCUCCUUGGUCCACGCGGCGGCUCCCCAUUUUCUGUGGCCGUUUGCUGUCCGGUACGCCGCGCAUCAGCUCAACCUCUGGCCCCGUGUCUCCUUGCCGGAGACCUCGCCCACACUGCGUUGGACGGGGGAGGUUGGCGAUGCGUCGCGCUUCCGGGUGUGGGGUGCUCGUGCCCUUGUCCGCGAUACGUCCGCGGACAAGCUCUCCUCCCGCACGCUUCCCUGUGUCUUCCUUGGCUUUGUCCCUGACGCGCCUGGCUGGCAGUUUUACCACCCCACCUCGCGCCGGGUCUUCGCCUCUCAGGAUGUCACCUUUGACGAGUCCGUUCCCUUCUACCGUCUCUUCCCCUACCGCACUGCCCCCCUCCCUCCCCCGCCGCUUUUCCUUGCUCCUGGUCCCCCUCCGGUAGACCCCCUUCCCCCUCAGGGUCCUGCUCCUUCAGGUGUCUCUCAGGUAGACCCUCCUCCCGUCGCUGAGCCUGUCGAGGUCACAGGUGACUCAGGUGCUGCUGCGGGUGGUGCUGCUGGGAGUGCUGAGCCUGGAGGUGCUGAGCCUGGGGGUGCUGGGCCUGGGGGUGCUGGGGCGGCAGGUGCUGGAGCUGAGGGUACGGUGCCUGAGAGUACGGAGCCUGGGGGUGCUGAGCCUGCGGGUGCGGGGCCUGGGAGUGCUGGGACUACGGGUGCUGGAGCUGAGGGUACUGUGCCUGAGAGUUUGCCGCCUGGGGGUGCUGCGACUGGGGGUGCUGAGCCUGCGGGUACUGAGCCUGCGGGUACUGAGCCUGGGGGUGCUGCUACUGAGCCUACGGAGCCUCGGGUUACUGCGUCUGGGGGUGCUCCGGUUCGGGGUGCUGAGCAGUCUCUCACACCGCAGCAGCUUCGCGACUGGUACGUCCGACGCUUUCGCCGUCCUAGUGGCUCGGCUGGAGUUUGGGGUGCUGGAGCUGCUCGUCCUGGGGGUGCUCGUACUGGGGGUACUGGAGCUGUCGGGACUGGCUGUUCUGGGAGCACUGUGACUGGAGCUGGGGACUCUGGCGCUGGCGGUGCUAGCGGAGUUGGAGCUGCCGACUCUGGGGGUGGCGCUGCUGCUGGUGCUGCGGACCCACCUGGUGGAGCUGCUGCUGGUGCUGAGGAGUCGGACGGUGGAGCUGCUGCUGGAGCUGUGGACCCGGACGCUGGAGCUCCUACUGGUGCUGAGGACCCGGCCGCUGGAGUCCCGUCUGCUUCUGGAGACGCUGCGCGGCCGCGACCAGCGUCGUGA